CACUCAGACAAAAGAAGAAGAAGCAUUUAGAGUUGUUUGACAACACUCUUGCUCUUCUUGUUGAAACCUUUGGGUUUUAUACCUUUUCAGGAGAUGCCAGAGGAAUGCACCUGAAAUGUAGAGCCUUCAUGUGAGCAGAUGGCAUCCAGAAGCUCUGGUACUCAGCAGACAUCAUCUGAUACUCUCAGCAAGAAUACGUCUCGCAGAAAAAUGAAGAAAAUUGCAGAAAAACAGAGAAAUCACCACUGCUCUGAGUGCGGAAAGAGUUUUAUUGACAGAUUUCAUCUCCAGAAACACCAGCACAUUGACACAGGUGAAUAUAUAUGUGUAGAGUGUGGGGAGAGUUUUAAUCGCAUGAGUAAUCUCCAAGUGCACCGACGCAUUCACACAGGAGAUCAACCGUAUCAAUGCUCAGAGUGCGGAAAGCGUUUUAAUGUACAGAGUAAUCUCCAGAGACACCAGCGUGUUCACACAGGACAGAAACCAUAUAACUGUUCAGACUGUGGGAAGAGUUUUACUGCACAGAGCAGUCUCCAAAGACACCAGCGCAUUCACACAGGAGAGAAACCGUUUUAUUGUUCACAGUGUGGAUUGAAAUUUAAUCAAAUGAGUCAUCUUCGAGAACACAAGCGCAUUCACACAGGAGAGAAACCGUUUCAGUGUUCCGAGUGUGGAAAGAGUUUUAAUCAAAAGAGUGUUCUCCAAAGACACCAGCAUAUUCACACAGGAGAGAAACCGUAUUAUUGUUCAGAGUGUGGAAUGAGUUUUACGGUGCAGAGCAGUUUCCAAGAACACGAGCGCAUUCACACGGGAGAGAAACCGUUUCAGUGUUCCGAGUGUGGAAAGAACUUUAAUCGAAAGAAUGUUCUCCAAAGACACCAGCGCAUUCACACAGGAGAGAAACCAUAUAACUGUUUAGUGUGUGGAAUGGGUUUUACAGUGAAGAGCAGUCUCCAGAGACACCAGCGUAUUCACACAGGGGAGAGACCGUAUCAAUGCUCAGAAUGUGGGAAGAGUUUUUCACACAGUGGUUCCCUCAAAAAACACCAGAGCCUUCACCCAGGAAAGAGAACUGAACACGGGGUCAGACUUUUACACUGCAUUUCAACUUCCUUAACCUCACGACAGCAGAUAAACCAAAAGCAGUAAAGUGGGGAGGAUUAAACUGACUGGAAAUUAAUCUCCCAAAAAAGGUCAACUCUAAAGAAGACACGUUUUCCUUGUUUUUUCCAUCACAGUUUUGUUUCUUUUUUUGUACAAUAUCAACGUGGUAUUGCUAAUACAAAGUUGUUAUAAGAGUAUUAUUAUAUUGAAAAUGAUAUUCAUUUGUAAUAGUAUUAGUUGAUGUGCAAUAUCAAAAUGAUGCUAGCUGGGUGGAUAAAGUACAGUAUACUAUUUUAAUCGCCCUCUUAGCAUAUGUAAUACAGCACUGAAGAACAUAACUCACAGUGAGAGUUGGUCAGGCUGAAGUACAGCCUGUGUGUGUGUGUGUGUGUGUUAUGUUUGCUGCUCUACUUAGUUGUCAAAAUUCAAUUUACCACCUUAGAUGAAGUCUCUUUUCAUGAAUAAUAUGUGGUUUGAUGCAUAAUUUUCAUAUAUUAUUUUGAUUGCAAAAAUAAUUUGAUUAAUGCAGUAAUUAUGUUCUAGUAUUUUUGUUUGCAUAGAUUUAAUACACCGUUAUAGGCAAUAUUUUGACUAGCCCCUCAGUCUGGUACAAUUAACCCCAUGUUCGGACAUGAAAAUGUGUAUAAGCAGUGAAGAGGGUGAAGGUUCAGAAAACUUUGUAGCUGCGUCCGGCUGCAUUAUUCGUAAAAUAACAAUUCUAGUAGUUUUAGCACAAAGUUCUGGAGCCCUCUGAAACUAAAAUACAGGGCGAACUGUUUUGACCAUUUUUGGUUCAUUGAGUUAAAAUAUCUGUGCAAAUACCAGUUUAUGUCUAAAUAUUGUACUAUUGUCUAGGUGUGUUGACUUGUUUGUCAAACUCUAUUGAAUACCAUUCCAAUGUCAAAAAGUCAGUGUGUAUGAAUUAUAGCAAACCCUUUUGCGAGCCCACAUCUAUUGUAAAUAGAGGUCUUUAAAACAUUACUCAUCAUUUAAACUGUGAUUCAUCUGCUAAAAGACCUACAGUAUAUGGCUCCAUAAAACAUUUGCUGCUUGGACCCUCAUGAUUGCCACUGUUCAGCUCUCAUAGCAGUUAGGAUAUAAAAAGUAACGUGUUCUACAAUUUCAAAUGCAAAUUUAUUGGCUUGUUUGUGAACAAUGAUCAUUUCCACAUGACAACCAUUAUUCAACCCAUUCAUGAAAAGCUAAAAAAAUCGAAUGAUUCAGAUAUUAUGAGAAAAUGAAACCUCUUCUGCUCACAAAAUGUGUCUCUCUUUUCACUUUUUGUAACAUUGAGUUCUUAUUGGCCCAUAGAAAUAAUAAUCUGUGGGUUGAUGAGCAGCUAAUGUGCUGUUGUGUUUGGGGUAGAGGAGUGACUCUCAAUUCUUCACCUUUCUUCCAACUUCCAAAAUUAAAAUACUCCUCCAAUCCUCAUGACUAAUAUAAAAUAUUCAGCAUUCAAAAUGGCAAGUUGCCUCUCAAGGUGAUGAGUUUGUGUGUAUGCGUCUGUCGUGUAACAUUUCCACUCAGAAAUCGGCAUCAGAGUGAUAUAUCUUCAGAUUCUUUUUUGACUGAAGGCAAGCAGAAGUCUUUAAAUUAGCAAAAGUAUCUGUUAUAUAAUGUCACACAUCUCACAUCAAGAACCUUUACUGUUCCUUUACCUACUUAGAUCAUUGGUCUCAUGUUUUUAAGAGAAUAUGAAAUUUAAAAUACAAUACAGUACAGUAUAAUACUUUAUAGAGAAAAUGUGUGAACUGGUUCACCUCUGUGCAAUGCUUUUUCACGUUAAAUGCCAUCCAAUCAGAUUUUGGAAACAUUUUUCUCAAACUACUGUAAACUCCACACUUCCUAACUUAACUAACUAGAUUAACUCUGCAAACAAUAUUAAAUGACAAACACUGUUAUUUAGCUAGCCAGUGUAAAUGUGCCUUUCAGAACAUUUAGCAACAGUCAGUCAGCAAAACUUGUCUAAACAUCUUGCACAGCCGUCAAAUUCAUAAAAACUCUUAUAUGGACCAGGACUACAGUAUGAACAAAAACAUUUAAUUUAGCUUCUGAAGUUGUGACAUUCGCGCAGCCAGUUACAUGUAGUUAUACAAACUUCACAAGAUACCUCUGUAGAAUGCUUUAAAUAAUUUUAGAUUUAACAAGAUAAUUAACAGCAAUCAUUAUACCACUUGUUGAGGUAUAGGGAUAUUUAAACAAGUCUUUUUACUUACAAAAUGAAUGAACCAACCAAUACUUGCAUGUUGCAGAACUUUAAUAGAAGCCUUGUGAUACCACAAGGACCAUUUAAACAUGCAGUGGCAUGUUUGAAAGUUAAUGAACUUGAGGGAAAGGCGAGUAUUGAAUUUCUCAAAGAUUUUAUGUGAAACGGUUUAUAAAGCACAGUAGCUCAACUCUGUUUGCCAGUAAGAUGAACGCCGUUAAAGCUCCACUCUGGUACACACCAAUUUAAGUUUCUUGAGUGUGACUUGAGUCAACAUGCAUUUGUGGCACUUAAAA